AUGACCUCUGAGGUAUCAAUUGGUAACUCUAUCAAGGAUGGAUAUAAAGAGACUCAUAAAUGGGUGAUUAACAACCUGAAAUGGCUGAAUGAAUUAGAAGCAUUUUAUCGUGAUCGUGCUAAGCUCGAGAAGGAAUACAGUGAUAAACUCAGCAAUUUAACUAGUGAAUACUUCGCUAAGAAAAGUAGUGGCACCGUGGCAUUAUCUGUCGGAGAUACGCCAUCGACCACGCCAGGAUCAUUGGAAUCAGCUUCUUUGGUUGCAUGGAACGAAAUUCUGUCCCAGACUGAGACCAUCGCGAAAGACCAUUCUCAAUUGGCACAGGAAUUCGAGUUUCAGGUCGCAGAUCAGCUUGUAGCCUUGGGUCGUAAAUGUGAUUCCGUUUUAACCACAAUAAAUGGAUUCAAUUCGGAAUUGACUGAGAGAAAGGACAAGACCUUUGGAUCGUUGGAAAAGGCCAAAAAAAGCUAUGACGAGUCCUGUUCGGAUAUGGAAUCUGCCAGAGCCAAGCAGACCAAGUCCACGAGUGACAAAGCUCAGCGGAAGGCGGAUCACAGAGAGCACGACAUGAAUGUCGCCAAAAACAACUAUUUGAUUAAGAUCAAUCAAGCCAAUCGGCUGAAAGAUAAGUACUAUUUUCAGGACGUACCAGAAGUGCUGGACCUUUUACAGGAUCUGAACGAAUGCAAGACCAGCGUCGUCAACCAGAUUUGGGUUUCAGCUUCGACAUUGGAGAAAAACCUCGGGAAACGAAUCGAAACGAGGCUCACCACUGCUGAUUCUGUCGUGCACAAGAACUCACCACCCUUGGACAGUUCGAUGUUCAUAGAACAUAACCUCAAGCACUGGGACGAACCAAAGGAUUUCACUUAUAUCCCUUCUGCUGUUUGGCACGACGACGAGCAAUUCGUCGUCGCGUCAGAUGUAGAGCUGCAGGAUUUGAAGAUCAGGCUCGCCAAGGCACAGCAAGCAUAUGAACAGAUGGAUUCAAUAGCUCAACAGGAAAUGUCAAAAUUGAGUUCUCUGAACAAACAGAAGCACGACUUGAAAAAGGCCUCGGACGUUGACUACAACAGUUUGAUGUCAUUACUGUCGAAGUAUCUCACUAUUAUUUCAUCAUUUACUAAUCAUGAGACGAGCAAAUUGGAUGCUGAGGUCGAAAUAAGCAGUAUUCAAAACAAUGUUCCUGCUGGAUACGAUCUAUCUACCGAGGGCAUCGAUUUAUCCAAGCUCAAGAAGAAAGGCGGCUUUUUCGGUAAACUGCGCAAAAAUCUCACAGUAUCAUCGACAAACUCGCAUGUCAAGAACGAGGAUACAGCCGAGUCUGCGUCAGUUUUCUCAUCAGACUCAAAGCAUAAGGCACUAGAUCGUUUCUCGGUCUUCAAAAGGCGUGCUCGUGGUGUGAGCAAUGCGUCUGCGCUUUCAAGUACGCUCGCCGACGACGAGUCCUUCGAGAGCCAAAGCACACCGGUGAAUCGUGUGCUUUACGCUUACGAGAAGCAGGAUGUUGAUGAGUUGACAGUAAGACCUGGUGAUGCCAUUAAGCUGAUUUCGAGCGAUUCUGGCAACGGAUGGACAAAAAUCAGGAAUGAAUCAUCCGGCCAAUCUGGACUUGUGCCAACGACCUACGUUGAAAUUCACGAAAAAGCAAGGGAGCCACCCCGCGCACCACUUCCUCGGAAGACGGUCAACGCGCUCAAAACCGUGACUGCGCUUUACGAUUAUCAAGCCCAAGGUGAAGACGAGAUUUCACUCGCCAAGAAUGAUACCAUAUCAGUUAUAAGGGCAGACGACGGCAGCGGCUGGACAUACGGUGAAAAUACAGGCAAUAAGGGUCUAUUUCCGACAUCCUACUGCAGUUGA